AUGGAAUAUCUGAUUGGUAAUGCUUGGCCGUUAAGUAUUGUCGCCGAUAGUGCUAGAAGCCUUCAAAACGCUGGACGAUAUUAUUUUGAUUUUCUCCAUAAGAUUAGCUCCAAUAUGGGAUCUUAUAUUGUAUCUGGUCUUUGUAUACCUGGAAAUUUAUUUGGAAUGUUUGAACAAGACUUCAAUUCGAUUACAUCAACUGCUUCUUUCAGAAUUUUAAAUUUGACAAUUCACAAUAUCGUCUACUCUAUUAUACCCUUCCUUCGCGGUGAAGGCCCUGUGUUUAAUCUGAACGAAGAUAAUCCUCUUAUCAGAGCAUUACAUUUCUGCCUUCGAAUCUUGUAUUAUGUUUCAAUGAUUAUUGCCAUUUUCAUCCUUCCUACAUUCUUCAUCUCAAUAUUCAUACUCGGCAUUAUUUACCUCAAUUUCGGUUAUGGAAUCGCCGUUAUUUCUGCUGGAUGCAUUGUGUCUUUCACUAUUAUAAAUCUUGCGAUUCAAUUCUGCCUGACGAAGCAGACUAUUCAAGAUCCCUCCAAUCAGAAAAAUGCAGAGGCCAUCAAGGUUAGUCUCACCCAUUAA